AUGAACCUCCACCUGCUCACCAUUCCCACUCUUAUCGAGACCACCCAGCAGCCGGCCCAGCUGGUGCACCAAUGGAGCCGUAUUUUCUACAGCGGCCAUCGUAAAGGCCCCGGAAUCGCUUUUGUGACGGGGGUCCUGUACGGAUAUGCGGCGUGGGCCAAGUACUCUGUCGGUGAACCUUGGCAUCACUGGAUGGUCGCCGCCGUCACGACGGUGAGCAUGGUGCCCUACACGUGGAUGUUCAUGAACGCUACGAACACAGCCCUCUUCCUCGCUGAGGAUCAGUUUGAGAAAGGUGAUGUGGAGAUUAGCUUGCUAGAGAGCCUGGACUGCAACUCGGAAACCGAUGCCCAGACAGCCGUCCAAACCCUGCGGGAGGAACACGGGGUGACGCACUUGGACGUGGUAGUUGCCAAUGCGGCCAUGGCGACGAACUUUGGGCCCGCGUCCACCAUGCCUCUCGAACAUCUCCAGGCGCACAUGAUGGUCAACAUGUAUGCUCCGGUCCUCCUGUUUCAGGCAACCCGCCUGAUGCUGCAGCAGUCCAAGCAACAGGCCAAGUUUGUCUUGAUCGGUGCCCCAAUCAGCACCAUCACCAACAUGCACGACUACGCGCGGGCCCCACUGACGGCAUACGGAGUGUCGAAGCUGGCGGCCAACUACAUGGUGCGCAAGUUCCACUUUGAGAACAAAUGGCUCACGGCCUUCAUCAUCGAUCCAGGACAUGUCCAAACCGAUAUGGGGGACCAAGGAGCGCGGCUGAUGGGCCGUCCGCAGGCCCCAACAACAGUCGCAGACAGUGUGGCAGGCAUCUGUGCUCGGAUUGACGAAGCGACCAAGGAAACUACAUCGGGACACUUCGUUAUCCACACGGAUGGAUCUCAACUCUCUUGGUAG